AUGGCUCUUGUAUCCACGGAAAAAAUUCUGACCAUCGCCGUACUGUGCAUUUGGGUAACUCAAGCCGCCGCCGAUACUAACUGCUACGCCAGGGCGUACUUGCCCGGGAGCAGCGGAGAGGCAAACGUGCUGACCGUACUGGAGAGCAUGCGCACGGCGACAGCCAGCGUCGAGGGGCGCUACUACACGGUGCGCCUUGAGAACCCUGAGGUGUUCGGGGUCUCCAGCUGCGAUGUCAGUAUUGGGGUUGACGACUGCAUUGCUUGCCUGAGUACAAGCGUGGAUAAUAUCAAGGCUGUGUGUCCUCGAUGCCUCGGGGCCAGCGACGUUCAGGGGACUGACUGCCGUGUUCAGUACCUCUAG